AGGACCAAGGCGCUGCGAAGCCCACGUAUUUCGGCCGAUUUCUGCAGAAGAUGCCCUUGGAUCCCGAUGUGGGCUUCCUGGUGAUGAGCGGGGUGCGCCUGAACCUGGUGAAGGAUUGCGCCAUCCUGGCUGCAGUCCACCAGCGCGGAGACCCCUUCCUGGACAGCGUGGACCUCAGCCUGGAGGAAGUUCAGGCCCUGUGGGAGGUGCGAGAUGCCUGCAGCCCGGGGCGCGCCAAGGGUCGCGUGCGGCCUUUGCCUGGGGACCUCAUGGCGGGAUUGGGGGCCUACAAGGCCUGGCAAGUGGAAGUCAAAGGGAAUUCUCAUUGGAGCAUUCAGGAUGAAGCUCUCUGGUGUGCGCAGCACUUUUUGAGCCUGGAAAGGCUUCGUGAAUUGGAGGAGAUGGUGGUGCAGAUUCAUGAUGUGCUCGAGGAACUGGGCUAUGCUUCUAGUCUUCCUCUAGCGGAGAAGGAAAGAAUGAGGAAGCGUCGUCGUGAGAAGGUGGAUCUCACUGUAGCCAGGGUGCGUCCGCGAAUGGAUGCCGCGCAGAAGUUUUGGGUCCUCUUGCAUGGCCAGCGAGACCGUGACACUGACCUCCUGUUGGCUUGGUGCAUCGCGGCCAGUUUUACUGCCGGUCUCAUUGAUGUGAAGAAUGGCUCCAGCACUGAGCAGCUCAAGUACGGCGCCAAGACAUUUCGCUCAGAUGAAUUUGGCGAGGUGUUGCGCUCAGAUGAGAUCGGUGAGGUGUUGAGGGCAGGAGGCUUUCGUGUCGCGGACUUCCGCAUUCUUGCGAGGGGCGAUGCCCAAGUCACCUUCCAAAACCCUGAGGAAGCGCACAAGGCAUUCCAACAGGCUGCUUUGAUCAACAACAACGCGAUGCCCUGGACCAAGGCCGAUCCUUGGGGCAGACCGCAGCAACGCACAUCCCUGCAGCCCAGGCAGUGCUACCGAGGCCCUCCUGUGAGGAUCAUUUCAUCAUCGCAAGCCUGGUUGGCAACCAGUGAAAAUGCCGUGCUGGUUGCGGGGGAGGUUCUUGCGAUCAUGAACCACAAGAGGACGGCAAUGACGUACUUCUGCACCAAGUGCAGCACAGUGCCCUACGGCAUUACCCCCCUGAUCCUGUGCGCAACGUACCCUGCGGCGCAAGUGACGGCAGAGGCUGGGCUGUGGAAGGUCACAACCAACAUCUACGGGCAGACCCAGGAGGAGAGGUACACUGAGCCUCCAAAGCAGGUGGCUGGGCUGCUCUUGAACAUCAGAAAGCAGAUGGACACGGAAUUCGGCUGUAACCAGCAAGACAGGCAGCGUAUCGUGGAGGAGCGGAAGAGGAACGUGCUGGAGCUUAUGCGUCUUUUGGACGGGCCGGAUACGCCUCCCAUGCGCUCGCUGGACGAUAUACACCCGGCAGUGGCUCGCGUGCGAGGUGCGAAUGUAAGGGCGGGCCUGGACUUUUCAUCCUUGGUGAACCUCCUGACGAACGAUUUAGACAACUUCCGCCUGUGAACGCUUGUGGAUAGGCGAGUCAACCGCGUGUACGGUGGAGCCAGUUUCUGCAUGUGGGUUAGGCAGAAGUUGCUUUACGUAUGCCAAAUAUGUUGCCAGUCGGAUUGGACAAGUAGAUGCUGCCCCCAAGGCACUAUUUUGCAUCCCACGGUCCAAGCAAGUAUUUCAACUGAUGCACAGAAUUCGUUGGAGCCCUCGUUUGGCAAUCAUGCAUGCAUGAUUGGCUUUAGAAAGCUCCAACAGCUUAGCGCUGCAGCAAGAGUUUGCAGAAGCGAACAUCUCUACUCUUUUUCAGUAGAACUUUACAGAGGAUUCGAAAUCCAUGCGAUCAAUUGAC